AGUUCGUUACAACUCAUUGAAAUAUUUUGAGUUCGUUAUUCACGGAUUGAUUCAUUCAUCACAGUCUGCAAGAAUGUCCUCACAUCCACUAGUUCCCGAAGGUGCCUGGGAGACGCACAUUCAUGCAUUUGAUCCCGAAAAGUUUCCGUAUGCGACUCCACGAUCAUACACCCCGAAACCAGCAGCCAUUCAAGACUAUCCUUCCAAUCUCACGGGAUGCAAGAACAUUGUAAUUGUUCAUGCCUCGAUUCAGGGAACUUCCCCGGCGCCACUUGUGGAUACCCUCAGCAAACAGAAAUCUAUGCCGGGGGUCACUCUCCGGGGUCUUGCCACUAUUGAUGUGAACAAUAUCACAGAUGCUGAACUUGACGAAUUGCACAAAGCUGGGGUCAGAGGUGCUCGAUUGCAUGAGAUGGCAUGGGGUCACGGUCAUCAGAGCGGUGGCGACGUAAUUGGAAACAAAGUCAAGGCUCUUGCUACGAAACUAGCAAGAUUGGAAUGGGCGAUUGGGAUUUUUUGUGAUAUUCGUGCAUGGGCAUCGAUGGCUCAUAUGAUUAGAACAGAGCUGGAUCCUCGCAUCAAACUCGUUGCUGAUCAUAUGGGAGGCACCUUUCCAGGUGAAGAGAAGUUACCCGAGUUUCAAAGUUUCUUGGAAUUGAUCAAGGAGAAACGCGUUUAUGUCAAGAUGUCUGGAUUUGAACGCCUGUACCAUGGACAUGCCGGUGGUAUUGAGUCAGUGGCUCCAAUUGCGAAGGCGAUUAUUGAGGCAGGACCAGACCGUAUUAUUUUUGGAACUGAUUGGCCUCACACUCAGUUGGGUGUUUCUCGAAAGGGUAAGACCGAAGCUCAGAGAUUGAAUGAUAUUGAAGGAUUUCGGGAAGUGGAUGUCAAAGGUCACAUAGAAGCGUUGAGGAAGUGGAUCCCUGAUGAGAAAACAUGGCUUGACCUCUUUGUCAACACACCACAGAAGCUAUUCCAGUAGAGAAUUGAAGGAGAGAAAUAUAUUCAACAGCUGCCACAACUAUCAAGC